AGAGCAGCAUCGAGAGUCAGAAGCCGGAGACGAGACGAGCGGAUGGGGAGCACGCCCGCUCGUCCGUGUGAAUGGGCUUCACCGAGUCCAGAGGAGGGAGGAGCCCAGGGUUGUACAGGCCGGCACUAGCCCUCCCACAUUCUGCCAAUGUGACCGUCCACUAAUCGCCAGCAUCUCUCCAUUCGUGGACUGAGCCAAACCGAGCAGGACCGACAACUCCCCCUGUUUGAAGAGUGUACAGCCCCACUUAGCCGUGCUGGCGGGAGUUGGAUGCCCAUUUCCCCCGGACUUCAGAGACGAUCACGAUGCCCGUCUUUCCCGGCACCGACUUGCUGCCGCUGCUGCUGAUGGUGGUGUUGGAGGUGGAACCGCUUCUCUAUCGGGGCUCCGCGUCUAGGUAAUAAAUACUGUCCCGUCCGCGACACUCGGGGCAGCAAAGGGCAGGGCGAGGAUUGGGCCGGAGUUGUGACAGCUCUCGCCGCUUGGACAAGCAUGGCCACCACAGCCGUGGUCGGGCUGGCCAAGUCAGCCGUGGUGAAAUUCUCAGACGUGGUUGGGGAGCGGAGUAAACAGAUCAGCGGCGCGGUCCACGAACCGAAGCGGCAACGCAAGAUCUUGCUGGUGAUAGUAUGUAUCGCCAUGUUACUGGACAACAUGCUGUAUAUGGUGAUUGUGCCCAUUAUACCAAACUACCUUGAAACUAUAAGAACUUACAAACUGGUGUAUCCCCCGUUGACUUUAAACGAAACGUUGCUCAACACCACGCGAAAACCGGUCUUGGUGCGGAGUCCAAACCCAAAUGAAGACAUACAGAUCGGAGUGCUGUUCGCAUCCAAAGCCAUCCUGCAGCUUCUAUCCAACCCCUUAACCGGCACUUUCAUCGACAGGGUAGGUUACGAUAUCCCGCUACUCAUUGGACUCACCAUUAUAUUCUUUUCCACGCUCACGUUUGCCUUUGGCGAGAGUUAUGCCAUGUUGUUUAUAGCGAGGAGCAUGCAGGGUCUGGGCUCCGCGUUCGCCGACACUUCGGGGAUCGCUAUGAUCGCGGACAACUACACCGAGGAGUCGGAGAGGAGCAAAGCUCUGGGCAUCGCAUUAGCGUUCAUCUCCUUCGGGAGCCUGGUGGCGCCUCCCUUCGGCGGGAUAUUGUACCAGUUCGCGGGCAAGCGGGUCCCCUUCCUAGUGCUCUCCCUCAUCUCCCUGCUGGACGGCAUCAUGUUGCUCAUCGUCAUUUCGCCUUUCUCGAAUAGAACCCGCCAGAACAUGCAGCAGGGCACGCCGAUCUACAAACUCAUGAUCGACCCUUACAUCGCGGUGGUGGCCGGGGCUCUCACCACCUGCAACAUCCCCCUGGCUUUCCUGGAGCCAACUAUCUCAAAUUGGAUGAAAGAAACAAUGAAUGCCAGCGAAUGGCAAAUGGGACUAACGUGGCUGCCGGCGUUCUUCCCGCACAUCCUCGGCGUGUACAUCACGGUGAAGCUAGCGGCUAAAUAUCCCAACUUACAAUGGUUCUACGGAGCUCUGGGUUUGGUUAUUAUCGGGGCAAGUUCGUGCACAGUCCCGGCCUGCAGGAACUUUGAAGAACUCAUCAUCCCACUGUGUUUCCUUUGUUUUGGGAUAGCCCUGGUGGACACGGCCCUCUUGCCCACCCUUGCCUUCCUUGUAGAUAUCCGUUAUGUCUCAGUGUACGGUAGUGUGUAUGCUAUAGCCGACAUCUCCUACUCUCUCGCUUAUGCCCUGGGUCCCAUUGUAGCCGGGCAAAUCGUCCACAAUUCGGGCUUCGUGCAGCUCAACCUCGGCAUGGGUUUGGUCAACAUCCUGUACGCCCCUGCUCUGCUUUUCCUGAGAAACGUGUGGCUAAUGAAACCCUCGCUCUCGGAGAGAGAUCUCCUACUGGAGGAGGGGCCAAAAGGACUGUACGACACCAUCAAAAUGGAAGAACGCAAGGCGGCCAAGAAAUCUCACGGCAGCUCGCCAGGUAACCACUCCAUGUCCUCGGUGCUGGUUGACUCCGAUCAAGAGGACUCCAGUGAAUAGAUACCGCCUGAGGACGAUGCAUCCGAAACAGUGAGGUUCCAAACUAUCCCAUCUUUCCAGGACAAAAGUGAAUGUAUUGCAACUUAACUCCGUGAUGUACUAGCUGUCUAAUAUACUCCGGAUUCUUCAUUUUGUCAUAUUUGCCGUGCACUACAUUUGUAUCAUUUAUGUAAACGCAACCUUCUCGGGUCUUAUCGGAACGGAGAAACUGACAAACAAGUGGAAAUGUGACAGUCAAGAUUCGGCGUUAAAACGUAAAUCUCAUUUAUUAUUUAAAUAAUAUCUAGUGCAAAUUUCAUCGAAUGACUGUGUGAGUUUUAGGUUGUACAUCUGUAUUAAAAGAACUAAGUGUAUUAAUUUUUUCAAGGAUCUGAUGGGAAUAAAAACAAUACUAUGUAGCGAAUGCUCCUUAUAUCGCCCCCGUGAGUUGAACUGAAAAAAACAAACUAUGGUGUAUUGCUCUCUGCGAAUGAACCUCUGUCACGGACUAUUUUCACCUAUAUGUGCUGCUAUAUCAUAACUUGGUGUCAGAUUAAAGGUUGGAACAAGA